CCAACGUCUUCCCUUAACCGGCCGCACCUACGCUGCAGCACCACCACGCACAGGCACAUCACCGGCCCUAAGGUGGUUGAAGGAAUACGCCGGAGACGGCCGGAUGGCACCCACGGCAGCGGAGCAGACGGAGCACCACCACCACACGAGGAAGGCGGUGGGUCUGGCGGCGCGCGACGACGCCGGCCACCUCUCCCCGCUCGCCAUCACCCGGAGGAGCACCGGAGACGACGAUGUGGUGAUAAAGAUUUUGUACUGCGGAAUCUGCCACUCUGACCUGCACGCCCUGAAGAACGACUGGAAGAACUCAAGGUACCCGAUGAUCCCCGGGCACGAGAUCGCCGGCGAGGUCACGGAGGUGGGCAAGAACGUGAGCAAGUUCAAGGCCGGCGACCGCGUGGGCGUCGGGUGCAUGGUGAACUCGUGCCGGUCGUGCGAGAGCUGCGACAAGGGCUUCGAGAACCACUGCCCCGGCAUGAUCCUCACCUACAACUCGGUCGACGUCGACGGCACCGUCACCUACGGCGGCUACUCCAGCAUGGUGGUGGUGCACGAGCGGUUCGUGGUCCGGUUCCCCGACGCCAUGCCGCUGGACAAGGGCGCGCCGCUGCUGUGCGCCGGCAUCACCGUGUACAGCCCCAUGAAGUACCACGGGCUCAACGUUCCCGGGCUUCACCUCGGCGUGCUGGGGCUGGGCGGGCUGGGCCACGUUGCGGUCAAGUUCGGCAAGGCCUUCGGAAUGAAAGUGACGGUGAUCAGCUCGUCGCCGGGGAAGAAGGAGGAGGCCCUGGGGCGGCUGGGCGCCGACGCGUUCAUCGUCAGCAAGGACGCCGACGAGAUGAAGGCUGCGAUGAGCACCAUGGAUGGCAUCAUAAACACGGUGUCUGCAAACAUCCCCCUGACCCCUCUCUUCGGGCUGCUCAAGCCCAACGGCAAGAUGAUCAUGGUCGGCCUCCCCGAGAAGCCCAUCGAGAUUCCUCCCUUCGUUCUAGUUGCCAUGAAUAAGACUCUGGCCGGGAGCAUCAUCGGCGGCAUGAGCGACACGCAGGAGAUGCUGGACCUCGCGGCGAAGCACGGCGUGACCGCCGACAUCGAGGUGGUCAGCGCGGAGUAUGUGAACACGGCCUUGGAGCGCCUUGCCAAGAACGACGUCAGGUAUCGCUUCGUCAUCGACAUCGGCAACACCCUCGACAAGGCUGCGGCCACCACCGAGUGAACGUACUCAGCACUGCUUACGAUCUACGUUGGUCCACUGUUAGUGCUCCGUAGUAAACAAUAAACGAUAUAAACUCUUGUCAUCUGGUGCAUUGGUGUAGACAUGGUUGUUUGCGAGGAAACUGAGUUGAAGGAUGGAUGGAUAA